AAUUCUGAAUAACUACGUAAAAUAAAAAAAUAAAAAUGUGAUUUCGGUGGCUGGCGAAAGGCGGUGCUGGUUUCCAUUAACUUUUGGGGGUCCUCCUCAGUCACACUCACAGACACCAUACCAUCUUUCAAUAAUUGGUUACACGCUUUCUUCUCCAUCUUUCUCUAAUGGCGUCCUUCGACGAAGCACCUCCCGGUAACCCCGAAGCCGGUGAGAAGAUCUUCAGGACUAAGUGCGCUCAGUGCCACACCGUCGACAAAGGCGCCGGCCACAAACAAGGACCCAAUUUGAAUGGUUUGUUUGGAAGGCAAUCUGGGACAACUCCUGGAUAUUCCUAUUCUGCGGCUAACAAGAACAUGGCUGUGAAUUGGGAGGAAAAGACCUUGUAUGAUUACUUGCUUAACCCCAAGAAGUACAUCCCAGGGACAAAGAUGGUAUUUCCUGGUCUUAAGAAGCCCAAGGAACGUGCUGAUCUUAUUGCAUAUCUGAAAAAUGCCACUUCAAAAGAAUAAAUUUUUCAUUCAUUCUUAUGCAGUAUGCUUUUAAAUUCUGGAAUUUUAAUUUUCAGACAUUGGAUUUUGUGGUGCAAUAACCACUGUUUCUUGGCAAAUAAAGCAGACUUGAUUAGUAUGCAAUGCUAUUUUGUACUGUUUGCAUUGCCUUGCUCCUUGAAGGUUGCGUAUAUUGGCUGAACUACUAUGUAAACACAUUAGCUUUUGAAAAUUUAAACAUUCUUAUCAAAGUUACUUAAGUAGAAGCAUAAAAGUUGCGUAUAUUUGUUACAUAAGUAGAUUCACCAGUAUUGUAAUUUUACUUUGUGUGCUUGAACGAAUGCAAAGCAAUGCAAUACAAUACAAUACAAUUUCUUUCCUCCUAAUAAAGAUCCAAAUUUGUGGAAUGAGAGGGUAGGUUGAAUUUGAGGCGAA